AUGCCGAGGGAGCUACCUCAUGCGAGUACAUCUUUCGCCUCCCAUUCCACGACUCACAGUGUUCCUUCCUCAGCCCUCGUCGUCUACGAGUUCUUGAUUACCAUCUCCGACGAAAUUGACAUCUUGUGGAAGAGACCUGUCACCGUAUCUGCCGUGCUAUUUGGCUCAGUACGAUGGUGCAUGCUCAUCACAGCGACACUUCAACUCGCGCCAACAACUCCCAAUACCGCGGUCUUUUCUGCCCUGCGCGUCUUCGCGAUCUGGGAUAGGAGCCGCAUCUGGUCGCUAGUAGUGUUCGCGCUGAGUAUGGCACCGUUCAUAGUGAACCUGGUCUUCACGACGAUGUCGAGGUUCAUGAUCGUCGCGGAUCCGGCCUUCGUGGCAUACAUCACCCGCAGUUCGCUCGUCCUCGCCGACACGAUUGUGCUUGUCCUGACGUGGAUCAAGACAUUCGGAAAUUGGAGGCGUGCCCGCAGUGUCAACGCCCAGGUAUCACUGGCGACGUGUCUACUGCGUGACGGCACCAUCUAUUUCAUAGCUUUGUUAGCGGUAAACAUAGCCCAGAUACUGACCUACAACUCUGCGAUUGUGACACCCGCAGCGGAAUUUGUUGAGAUCCUGCCUCAAAUACUCAUCCAUCGCUUCAUGAUCAACCUGCGAACGGUCGAUCGGGAGGUGUUGAAUUGCUCUACGCAUAUUACUAAUUGGCAGCAAGAACAGUCGACGAUACAGUUCAGAAGGCCAACGAAUCGGCUGGGUAAUAUUGGAGAGACGCUGCAGAGUGGCUGGGACGACGACGAGCCCGUGGACGAAGAGAUUAGCCUCGCAGAAUUGGAUGGGGCAGGACGGGGCGAGAAUAGUGCAGAGGCAUGAACCGACACCGACGACUAGUACGCGACAUUUGUAAUGUAUGCGAGCAGGAGGCUCGAGGCCUAUGGUAUCGAAUAAUUGCCAUCGCGCGGAGUA